AUGAUUGAUUUCCUAUGUUAUUUAGGAUGGAUAUUCCUGAUGUUAAGUAAUAUGCAGAAGACUUGUGUUUAAACGUCUCUGAUGGUGGCAAUGGUUGAUAUAAAGAUGGGAGACUGUUGGAGCCAUACAAAGGAUCAAUUUGACAACUUGGAAAAACACACACAAUGGGGAAUUGAAUUUGUAGAGAGAUACAACAAAUUUGUUAAGGACCGGACAGAAAUUGAGAUCAGCUAUGCAAAGCAGCUUAGGAAUCUUUCGAAGAAGUAUCAGCCAAAAAAGAACUCUAGGGAAGAAGAAGAACAGAGAUACACAUCAUGUCAAGCAUUUCUAGCCAUUCUGAAUGAAAUGAAUGACUAUGCAGGCCAGCAUGAGGUGAUUGCUGAGAACAUGAGUGGGCUAAUAUUUGCUGAGCUGUCACGCUAUAUCCAGGAACUCAAGCAAGAACGGAAAUCGCAUUUCCAAGAAGGAAGAAGGGCACAACAACAUAUAGAAAGUUGUUGGAAACAACUUGAGAAUAGUAAAAGAAGGUUUGAGCGAGAUUGUAAGGAAGCCGAACGAGCUCAACAACACUUUGAAAAAAUGGAUAAUGACCUGAAUGUAACAAAGGCUGAUGUGGAAAAGGCUCGGCAACAGGCUCAUACCCGGCAUCAGAUGGCAUCAGAUAGCAAGAAUGAAUAUUCCAGUGUCCUGCAGAACUUUAAUAAGGAACAGCAUGAACAUUAUUUCACAAACAUACCAAACAUAUUCCAGAAAAUUCAAGACCUGGAUGAAAGACGAAUAGUAAAAGUUGGUGAAUCAAUGAAGACCUUUUCAGAUGUCGACAGACAAGUCAUACCCAUCAUUGGAAAGUGUCUCGAUGGAAUCACAAAAGCAGCUGAAUCUAUUGAUGAAAAACAUGAUACACAGUUGGUGAUAGAAGCCUUCAAAUCUGGAUUUGAACAGCCUGGUGACGUUGAAUUUGAGGAUUUCAGUCAGCCUAUGAAGCGGACUGUUUCUGAAAGCAGUCUCUCCAAUAGUAGAUCUGAUGGCAAACAAGAAUCCAAAGGUGGCAAAUCCAAGGGCAAACUCUGGCCUUUCAUCAAGAAAAAUAAGCUUAUGUCCCUUUUAACAUCUCCUCAUCAGCCUCCUCCUCCACCCCCUUCCUGUUCCUCACCUUCUGCUGUUCCAAAUGGCCCUCAGUCUCCCAAGCAGCAAAAAGAGCCCCUCUCUCACCGCCUGAAUGAAUUUAUGACCUCCAAACCUAAAAUCCACUGUUUCAGGAGCCUAAAGCGGGGGACUCGGUCUUUCUAUUUUCACAAAGAGCUGAUGAAGAGGACAUUAGGGAAACCUACUUAUGCCUAUGAGGCGAGAGAGUUUGUUCUUUCUCUCAAACUGGGUUCGGGACCAGAAGACUUCAGCAAUCUUCCACCAGAGCAACGAAGAAAGAAACUUCAGCAAAAAAUUGAUGAAAUUAACAAAGAAAUCCAGAAAGAAUCUGAUCAAAAAGAUGGUUUAAUAAAAAUGAAGGAUGCGUACAUAAAGAAUCCUCAACUGGGUAGGCCGGAGACUGUGGAUCCCAGACUGGCAGAAAUUGAGCAAACCAUUGAAAAACUGCGACAAGAGAGUCAGAAAUUUGAGGCAUGGCUUGCUGAGGUAGAAGGUCGUUUACCAGUCAGGACUGAUCAACCAAAACGAUCAAGUGAGAUGCCCGAGUUGCAGAGCACUGUUGUAAAUAAUUGUGCACAAGACCGAGAGAGCCCUGAUGGUAGUUAUACCGAAGAACAGAACCAGGAUCCUGAAUUAAAAGUUGCAGCACAGUGCGAGUUUGACGAUGAAUUUGACGAUGAAGACGUACUGGCAGCAAUUGGCACAUGCAAAGCCAUGUAUCCUUUUGAAGGUCAAAAUGAAGGAACAAUAGCAAUGGCAGAAGGAGAAACACUGAGCGUGAUAGAGGAAGAUAAAGGAGAUGGUUGGACAAGAGUCCGACGGAAUGACGAUGAGGAAGGAUACGUUCCAACAUCCUAUGUGGAAGUAUAUUUGGACAGAAAUACCAAAGGUACCUAAGGUGGUGCGCUGGUCCAAGAAUCAUGGGGCGAGCUGGUAUGCAAGGACACAUUCUUCUGCUUAACGAUUUCAAAAAUGGAAGUUUAGCUGAAUUAUUGAUCUGGUUUGGUUUUUGAUGAUUAAUGCAAAUCACAAAAGAGAGGGCCAAAAAUACAUGAAUAAAAUGUGCAAGUGCCUGCUAUUUAUUUUUUUGGCAUGCCAUCCAUUGCUCUAAUUAACUUGGCUAUUUUUCCAUGUUAAAAACAAAAGCAGUUUUAUGAUGCAUGCCACUGUUAAAUUUGCUUCCCAUUUUUAAAUUGAAAGAAACAAAAAGAAAAGUGAAUUUUGAAAUCAACUUACCAGAAUACAUGUACUCCAUGACCACAGCAGCAAAAGCGUACUGUUUUGGGUAACUUGUCCCUAAAGUUGACAUUCAAGUGUAAAGUGAUUCUUGAGAUUGGAUGGCGGGGAGCAGGAUGACUCUUAAAUCCAUUUAUUAUACUAUAUAACAAGAGAAACAUCUUCUGGAGUCACCACAAACCAUUUCUAUCUUCAUGUAUUUCGGUAACCUGAAUGCUGCUCUCCACAAAGUUUCUGAUUUUCUAACUCAUGCAUGUGACUUUAGAAACAUUGAGGUUUUUUUUAAUGUCACCUUUUGUUGCAUGGUAAAUUCAUGCUGAAAAGGCCAUGUGUGGUUUCCUUUCAUCAGAGAUAAAAUUGUGUGUAGUGUAUGGGAGCUGUCAACAAUUCAUCUGUAACUACCCAUUUAGAGAAUUAUAGUGACUAUUCACCUAUUCUAAGUUUUUUUUUCUAAAAUUGAAUUUCCAAAUAAUUUGUUAUUUAUGUUCUUCUUCUUUUUAAUCUCCAUUCAUACCCUGCCAAAACAAUCCAUAAGAUUAUGUAUAUUUCUUAAGCUGUGUACCCAUUAGUAUUUUUCAAAUAAAAUGACAGAGGCAUUUGUGCCUAUGCAUUAUGCCAUAUUAUUUAGUCACAGCCACAUAAUUAGCUAUCAUGAUUUUAGAUCUUUGUAUCUACUGCAAGUAUACUCGAUUCACAUUUUAGUGUGAAUUAUGUUGUUUUUGUCAAAGCAUGGAGCAGUUGAAAUUAAACCAAACCAGGCUUGUUAAAUGUAUUUGUGGUCAUGUAAUACACACAUCUGGUAUGUGGUAGAUUUCUCUGUUACCACCACAUUAUUAUUAUUUGUUUAUAGCACUGCCCAAUAUCAAACUUCAGUCUACUUUUUCUUACUGCAUGCUCGCCCUGUUGCUCUACCUGUGCCCACCUUCUGAGGGUCACUACUUGUGACUCAACAGCACAUUUUUCUUUAUUUUUGUUUUGUUUGCUAUAUGGUAUUGAAUUUAUAGUCAUGUGACACUUCGCUUAUUUUGUUUUCUUGCAUGUUUACCUGUGUGUUUGUUGGAAUUUCUGCUGAAUGGUAGCUGCAUUCCCUAAAGUUGUCUCCAAGCCACUGCCAGCUAAAAUAUUUCAUAAUUGGGUGGGUUUCAGCUGAUUAUGACUAUUUUCUCCACUUCAACAUAUCAAGAAAAAAAGUCAAACAAAUUAAAGUUAAUAGUUUAUAUUCCCAGUACACACACAGCCAGGAAUGAUGGAUACUUAGAACCAAAUUAUUGUAACGGUGUUUUUGGCAGAGUUUUUUUUUCAUUUUAAAAAAUAAUCCAGAAUAGAGAGCAAAUUUUUAAUAUUCUCUUUCAAGGGUCACAGUUUCAAGCAAUGACUUUACGUUGCAUCCUGCAAUCAAGGGACAACAGUGAAUACCAAUGAGUCCACAGUAAAAUGAAUUGAUAAUAGCGGUCAAGGGUGAAGGGGGAUAGGGUCAUUUUUAUGACCUUGUACUUCUAAGCCUUGUAUUGUUCCACUCGAGGUCUGUAUUGCAAUCUGCUGUCAGGUCUCAGCCUCUAAGAGCUGCUCAAAAUAUUUUUCCCUUCCUGUCGAAACAAACCUGAUUUCCAUUCAUUUUCUUCCUAUAAGUGAAUGGCUGAGUUUGGAAACUCGUUUUAUUGGAGGAGAUUGUAUUCAAGUACAUUCAUAUUUAUACACUCCUUUACACUGUAUUUGCAGGCCCAAGACAUCGUUAUUGACUUCACCAAAUCAAAACUCCACUCUUUUGCCCACUCUCCAUAAUCCUAAUCAAAAAUGUUUCAUUCUCCUCCUCAAGUGUACCCUAUGUCCUGGCAUCCAACGUAUUUUGGAUAGUGAAUUCCACAGAUUCAUGAGCCUUUGAGAAAAGUAAUUUCUCCUCAUCUGUGUUUUAAAUCCACUACCCAUUACCCUAAAAUUAGACCUGUCAUUUUCAGAUUGCCCCAGAUGAUAAAACAUCCACUCUUGAGUUUACAUUGUCAAUCCCCUUUAGCAUUCUAUACACCUCACUUAGAUCUCCUCUCAUUCUUCUAAAUGCCGGAGAGUAUGGGCCUAAAUUGCUCAGUCUCUCUUAGUAAGACAAACUGCUCAUCUCUGGAGUCAAUCUAGUAAACCUUCUCAGAACUGGCUGCAGUACAGUUAUAUCCUUCCUCAAGUAAGUGUGCUGCUACCAAUUGUUACCAUUGAUGGCCAAAGUAAAACAGAAAAAUUACUUUUAAGUGUAUAUUCAAGUGUAUAUCAAAUUGAUGGUUCUGAAUUCUCUGCAUAGGUAAUGAUUUGAUCAAUAGUUCUAUUAUUUAUUCAGUUAUCAAACCUAAUUGAGCUAUCCAAGAAACUGUUCUCAAUUGUAGUUAUAAGUCAAUUAGUAUAAAAAUAUAUAAAUUAAAAUCUCUGAAGUAAAUUCCACAGUGGAGUAUUUUUUUCAAAUUCAGCUGAUACCCUGUGUUUACAUCAGUAUUACAAAUAUAACAGUUGCGGAAAAACACAAUUACCUCAUUGGUUUAUUUUCUAGCAAAAGUACAGCUUCAUGUUGGGUUGCACAAGCUUUGGUUACUUCUUCCAAAUAUGUAUUUUUCUACCUAAUUAGUAAGCAUCAAGAUUUAUUGUUUCUAUUCUAAAAUCCAUUUUUCUUCAAUGGAUGCAUGUUUAUUGCUAAUCGUCUGUUUGAUGUCAUUGCUCUGAGUUUGGGUGUUUAGUUACAUUGAAGUUAAGGAAGCUGUAGUAUCAAAGUGCAGGGGAAGUACCAGACUAUCUGGUGUCUCAGACAUAAGCUAAUUAAGAUCUGAUAAAGUGUAUUUUAGGAAGGUAAUGGCAUGGUGGUAAUGUUUAACGUUCUGGCAACAUCGGUUCAUAUCCCACCAUGGUAGAUAAUGAAAUUUGAGCUCAAUAUUUUAAAAAUUCUGGAAUUAAAAACUACCCUAAUGGAGAUCAUGUAACCUCUUAAUUGUCAUAAAAAUGCAACUGGUUCAUUACUGUCCUUUAGGGACGGAAAUCUGCCAUCCUUACCUGGUCUGGCCUACCUGUGACUCGAGAUCCACAAAUGUGGUUGAUCCUUAGCUGCCCUCUGGCCAGCCUAGCCACAGGUGUUCGCAUCCUAUAAGCAAAUAAGGAAAAAGGACUUUAUCUAGAAGAGGCUGCAAUUCAAGUUUGAAAGCUCCAGUUUAAUGUGGAAAUUAUAAUUUGCUUUAUCGUAGAAUCUCUACAGUAUGGAAGCAGGCCAUUUGGCCUAUUCAUUCCACACCACCCCUCCAAAGAACAUCCCACCCAGACCACCAACACCCAACCCUCACUGACCCAAUCCUAUCUCCGUAAUCCUGCAUUUCCAAUGAAUAACCUACCUAACCUGCACAUCCCUGGGCAAUUUAGCAUGGCCAAUCCACCUGACCUGCAUACCUUGGACUGUGGGAGGAAACUGGAGCAGCCAGAGGAAACUCUUUCAGACUCAUGGAGAAUGUGCAAACUCCACACAGACAGUCACCUGUGGCAUGUUACUGGUCAUUCUAAAAAAAAUUAGUAAAUUGCAAUGACCAGAUUAGCACUAAAUAUGAUGGUAUUUCUCAGAAAACAUCACUGAAGAUUUAACAUGUUUUAAUUCAAUAAUAUUAAAUGGUCCAGAAAGUGUGGCAGUAGUUGUGUAACAUCUUGUUAAACCAGCUAAGGUUGAAUAUCACAAUAACUGUUUGAUGGGACUUCAUGCAUAAUCUUACAUCUGAAAACCCUACCAAGAUGUAUGGGUAUCUGUCUGUUUCUUAUAGAACUAUGAUAGAAUCCCUACUUUUUGUGUCAAGUGAGCCCUGUCAUUUCUUAAGAACCUUUUGAACUUUGGACUGUGAAGUGACGAGCUCUUCCUGUGAUUCUCACAGCAGUUCCAUUAGUUGAACCAACAGAUGUUAUGUGAAAGCAUUAUGAUUUUUGUUUUGUUGACUCCUUUUCCUUCCUUAUUCCUAUAGAAAGGAUGCAUGAACUCUUCUAAUAGUGUAGCAGGGAUAAAGAAUAUGGUCUAAAAAUGAACAGACCAUAAUCUACAAGUGUUAGGUGGGAGCAAUGACUGGGAAUGGUAAGAAACAUAUCUUUGCCUUGUAUCAAAAUGCCAAGUAUUUACCCAGAAGAACAUCCAUCAUUGCCUGUUUUUAAAUAAAUAUAUUUUAGUAUGAUGUAACCAGUUGCCUUGGAUAAAUUUUAUUUACGAGUUUUUACUGCCAGGUUUUAAGUGUGUUUUGUACUGUUUAUUAAAAGCACUUGACUAAAUAAUUCCAAAUAACAACAUUACAGAAUUUCACAAUGGAUCAUGGUGGUAAAUGAAAAUGAAUUCCCUAGGUGGAAUAGGUUUAAAAGUAGAUAAUGUGGAUAUUAUGGAUCUGUAUAAGUUAGAAAUAGUAAGCAUUAUGGAGUUUAGCCAUGGGGGAAUUAUGAUGAGAUAUGAAUACAAGUGAGAUUUAGCUUUUGUUAAAUUGUUUACCAGAAGAAGGUAGCCAUCAGAUUUCUUCUAUAAGAAUCCCUGAGAUUGCUUUCAAUAAACUUGGCUUGUUUUGCUGUUUCUAACCUGUCCCCGUCAGUGAACAUUGAAGAGGUGUGUGUUAUAAUUAACUGGUUUGCUAAGCUACAAUGUCCCCAUAAUAGUUGGGUAUUAAAUGCAACAAAAUUAAAGGAAAAUUGCUACAGAUAGCAAUGCGAGCAAAAUAUUUAGUAGUCACUUAAAGCACAGUCAUUCAAAUGAAGUUUGAAACUUAAACAUAGCCAAGCAAUGACAUCAGAUAGAAUGAAACACAAACAGCAGCACUAAAUCCAAAUGAACUGUCUGGAAGGAAUAAUGCACAUGAAUGGCAAAUGAGAAAAAUGUGAGUUAUAAUUAUCUGAAUGUUUUCCUGAACAUAGAAAUCAUUAUUUGUAACUGAAAGCUGCAAUGAAAUGUUAAUUUUUAUUAUUUAUCUGACUGACUUAGUCUCUGGAUGACUUUAGCACCAGUCUUUGUGUUUGCUGCAAUUUGUGUAUUUCAGUUUUGGUUUUCAUCUGUCCCACUCACAUGGAAAUGUGGAGGCAUUGUUUUAAACAACUGCUUAAAAAUUAAUGCAUUUUUCAGUUGCAUUUGGAAAUUAUACAAAGGGCACUGUCGGUUAUUUGUAGAAUUGGAACUCGCCUGCAGGUAGUGUUUCCUUUGUAAUUGGGGAGCUCUGUGCAAAAGAGUCUCUGAAUCAAAAUAUUUAUCUGAAGGAGAGUAGUGGAGGGGAACAUUGUAUAAACUUGAUGAUGCUAUAGGUAUACACCCUAAUUGAUUAUGGUGAAAAUUAGUUUUUCAACAAAUAAGUUGUGCUGUUAAUUUCUGAAUGCUUUCUUGAUAAGUAUGUGAAACAAUUCAGAUUUAUUAUUGAAAAUGAAGCUGUUGUGCAUGCAUUGAGUUAAUGAAUGGACCCAGUCAAAUUAACACAUUACGCUGUGGGACAGGAGAACCAAAUCGAAAGUGGAUGAAAACACACAUUGCUUUGUUGUCUGUUUGCUGACUGGCACUGUGUGUGGCUUUCUGUUUUUGUGUUGUACACUUAUUUUGCACAUUGGCCCUCCCCCAGGACCUACAAAUCUAUACUUGCAAUCUUUCCUAGAACAUGUUAAGACUUGUGUUUUAAUCCAGCAAUGGAAAUACCAAACUGUCAAACUCACCCAGAUGUCUUACGUUUUUCCUCAAAUCGCUUGGCAGUUGAAAUCUAGGUCUGACUUUUGGCAACAGAAGAAUAUAGCACAAGUUAGAAAAUUUCCUGGCAAGACUUGUUGGGCUGAGGGACAGAGUUAAAGUAAAGAAAAAUAAACUUUAAACAAUCUGACACAGCUCUCACUCUUAUAUACUUGAUAGUGGGGAGUAAACUACCAUUGAUAAGAUGCAUUCAAUACAUUAAAGUCUCUUCAAGUGUUUGAUCUCUUCUAAAAACAAAAUUCUGUUCACUGGCAUCAAAGUCUUUUAUAGCCUCUUUGAGCUGUCAAUCUAACUGUGAAACUGAGUGCUUGUUGAGAUAAUCAUAGCUUUUUAAAACUCUGCUAAGCAUUUGUAAUGAAAUAACAAUACUUAUUUUUUGGAAACAUCAACAAAAAACUGUAUGAGGCUGCAUGACCUGAUGCUAUGUAAUCUAAACCUGUCAGACUCUGAGAAUUGCACCUUACUUUUUUUAAAUAUAUUUAGGGCGGGGCAACAGUCAUACUGAUCUUACCCACCAUUCGAGUGUUUGUGCCAUCAAUUUUGUCUCCCACAAUGACAGUUCAGACUUUUGUGACUGCCAGAAUUUUUUUUAAGUUGAAUUCAAUGCUGAGUACAAAUGGUCCUGCUGAGUUCAAGUUUCUGUCUCUCAUGAUUCAUAUCAUUCCUUUCCCCCUCGCAGUAAGAAUUGAACCUGUUGGAAAUAGGUGGGGUUUCUGUAUCAGACUCCUACCUGCCAUUUUUAAAGAUCAAAUGUGCGUACCCAAAACAGUUUAUUUGAAGGCCAGUCUUUGGAUGGCGAAUUCACUUGACUUCUCCAACAUCAUGUUGGUACUGAAAGAAGCCUGGCAUGUCAAAAUAAUCUUGCUCAAAAAAUGAGUUAAAAGUCUAACUUCUGUUUGAUUUCUUACCAGAAGUUACAAGGACUCUAAUGCUAAUUAAUCCCCAGUCCUGGAUGAUAUAUUCAGGCAGUCAGGUUUCGAUAGGAAUUUAAUCAUACAUCCAGAAACAAAACUACUGGUAACAAUAAUAUGAACACAUCUAGGUAGAGGAGCACAAAUUUUAUUGUUUAAAGUGUUUUACAAGUGCUAACCAUGUCCAAUUAUACCACAUCUAAUGAAAUGUUUAAUGUCACAAGAAAAUAAAACAGUUUUCAAAAGGAAGCUCUCUGAUGGUCCUUUUUAAUCUUUUGACUAAAAUCAACUGUCUUAAUAUAAGUCAAACAAAAGUUCCACUCAGAUUAUGUGUUAAUGCCUUUAAACACACUUAGAACAUAGAAAAGUACAGCACAGUACAGGCCCUUUGGCCCACGAUGUUGUGUCGUGGAAUAAUCCUAAUCCAAAAAUAAAAUAACCUAACCUACAUUCCCUUCAAUUCACUGCUGUCCACGUGCAUGUCCAGCAGUCACUUAAAUGUCACUAAUGACUCUGCUUCCAUGACUACCACUGGCAAAGUAUUCCAUGCGCUCAAAACUCUCUGAGGUGAAGAACCUCCCUCUGACGUCUCCUCUAUACCUUCCUCCUAACACCUUAAAACUAUGACCCCUCGUGGCAGUCAAUCCUGCCCUGGAGAAAAGUCUUUGGCUAUCGACUCUAUCCAUGCCUCUCAUUACCUUGUACACCUUGUUGUGAAUGUUAGGCGUGUGGGUAGUCAUCAUGGGCUAUAAGUUUUAAAAUAAUUAUUAGAUUAACAGAUCUUUAACUGUGUUCAACUGUUAAUGUUUCACGAACCUUAACAUGCAGAAACCUAGAAAAGAUGGCAAGUAUUGAGAACCGAAUCUGUUAGCUACCAGCUCAAGUUUACAGAAAACUGCUCUUCACAAACAGAUAUAAUAUCAACAAUGUUUAGAAAGCAACUUUUGGUGAUCAAGUUCUUAUUUUUGAUUAACUUCAGGCUAAAUUAAUAGCUGUUAAGACCAUCUUGAAUUUCACAAUAUAAUUCUUGAUUGACAAAAUAUUAUUGUCAGACAAAGUUUAUUGAAUAUUUACAGUAUUCAUGAUGGACUGCAGUAGAAUUUGAGGAGCAGUAGCAAGUAGAAUGUUUUUGAAAUGACUUAUUUUUACUGAUGAAUUCAGGAAUCUUAUUUUAGCGCGUGCAUUAGCUGGCAUCAGAAAUGGAUUAAUUUUGUGCUUCCUCAUGGUAACUUGUGGAAUCCCUUCUUGGUUUUUUCUUCCCUGUAGAUUCUUGUUUUGAGCCAAAAUAAGUAAUGUUGUGAUUAAUGGUUACUAUCUUUUAGUCUCUUUCAUUAUGUAAAUAUUUUAGGGUCAAUCAUUCAACAAAAACUUUGAUGGAAAAGCAACUGGUUUUAAGAAGUUACUUCCGUUUUUGGUUGAAGAUUACAGAUAUUUGUUGGUUAAAUUUUUAUUUGUUUUUAAAUAAUAUAAGUCCUUCUUAGCCAUUUUUGACCUCCAGAAAUAGCCAAUUUAGAGCCUUAAACAUGGCUUUUUAAUUUUUUAUAUAAAUACUAUACUGUGCACUUUUGUUAUUCCUUGUUUCUGAGCACUGAGUUAAUAUUGUUUUUUAUAAACAUUUUACCCUGUACAAUGUGCCAACAUGAAUGUUCCAAUUUGUACAACUGUAAAUGCUGUGCUUAUUUUAGAUUUUGGUGAAUGAUGUUGAUGCCCUCAUCCAUACACAAUCCCACAUGUAAAACAUGCUGUCGGUAUCCACAAAUAAAAACAAGUGCUGAUUAUAUCUGAAUAGGAAAGGCAGACAGAUAUUCAAUCUAAACUAUUUUUGUUCUAAAUAUGAUUUUUACAGGAAAAUGUGUUGUUCCAGGUCUUUGAAGGAGCAAAUUGGUAGAAAACAUUAAACUGGUGGUAGAGGGAGUAGAAAUCGGGAGCACUUGAUUUGAGCAUUUGCUUACAAUUAACUUUUGCUGAUAAAUGUAUAGAAGAUGAACUACUAAUUUCUUCUGGAGAUACCCAUACUAUCUUUUACAUAUCUCCAAUUUGAAAUUGGUCUAUACAGACCUAAAAGAAAUACGCCUUGGGACUUUUGUCUCAUUGCUCAGUAAUAUGAAAAAUGGAAAAGUUAGGCAAACUGCUAUCUUAAAGAGGCAGGUCAUCAAAUUGACUGAAAUCAUUACACUCAUCUGUCUGGGGUACAGAGUGAGCAGUUACAGUGUGUGAAAAGCAUGAUUAUAUUCCAAAUAUGUAAGGCCACUUGUGAACCAAAAUGUGUUUUAUUAAAAUUGGAAUAAAACUCACUUCUUUUAAAAUUCAGGAUUUGGUAGGAAGUAGAUGUUAUUGAAAAGGAUUUUAAAAUUGAAUGCACCAAUGCAAAAAUGUCUCCAAAAAGAACUCCAGAUUAUUUAUGGAUCCAUUAAGUUGAGAAUCAAAUUCUCAGUAAUCUUUCAUAGAAGUGGACAUUUGGUCAUCAGUCCAGUAUGCAGAAUGCUUUCAGAUUCUUCUGUUCACACCUUCAUAUGAUCACCCCAUGACAGUAGGGAGACAAGACUUGAUAACAAAUAUGAAAAAAAAACUAUUUUCACAGACAGGAAAAGUACAUUAAGAAAACAGUUACAGAUCUAAUAUUUUCAGUAAAAUUUUUGAAAUGUUAACUGUUUUACAAAGCACUGUUCACUACCUUUGUCACCAGUGUAGUUUUCAAGUAAGCUGUCUAGAAAUUUCUCACAGUCAACUAGCCAUUAAGGAGCAAUUUGAUUCUAACUCAUUGGGCGGGAAACCCACUAGAUCAGAUGAAACCUUGAUAUGACACUCCGCCUAAGAUUACUUAUAGGUUUCAAUGGAGAGUAAAAUUCAGGAAGGUUUAAAAUCGAUAUUGAAUUAAUCCAGUCAUUUUCCUAAUGAAGGAAGAGGCUAAAUUUACCCCCAUUGAGCAGGAUAUAAAAUCAGCAAUCAACUUAAUUCCCAAAAAUCUAAAGAAAUUAUAAAUUGAAACCUCUUCAUUCCAACUCACUUAUGUUUUAAAGGUGUUUUUAAAGGUUGUCAAUGAUUUUCAUCAUCAGCAAGAAAAUACAAGAGCUAAAGCCAUUGAGUUGUCCUCACAUUGCCAUCCUAUUUGGUCUUGAACUUGCCAAUACUUGACAACUCUACUCUUUGUAGCAUUCUGAUGGGGCACAGCAGAUGGCCUGCUGUGAUUUGUUAGGAAUGGACUUGUGAAGCUGCAGAUAAAAUUUGAAGUGUGCAAGAUACGCAGUUUACUUUGAAUAUUUGCUGAAAGAAUUGUAAUGCUGCUGUCUAGAAGCAGUCGACUCAAAUAAAGGAAAUGGAGCAAAGUGGCAGUUGAAGAUCAAAGAGCCUUUGAGUGUCCAGAAGAAAGGAGCAAAACUUCAGAUUAAGCAAUCAGCAAUCCUCAGCGAAAAUAAAUUUACAAAUAUUUUCAUGUUAGUCUGAGACAAUAAAAAGCUUGCACUUCAGCUUGUGAUUUAAAUGUUUUUGUUUGAUUCUUCAAUGAGUUUUGCCAAACAUGAAAUGAGUUAAUAUUGUCAUAUAUGUAACUUGGUUUUCAUUUCCCUUUCUAAUGGUUUAAAUGAACAAAUCCUGGCUUAAAACCAAUAAAUGAAAAGCUUAAUUAAGCAGGUAAUUUGAAAA